AACUAAAAUGUAUAACAUAAGUGCAAAUGCAAGUGCUUGCAAUAAAUUCAACAAUCUGAAUGAGCCUUACCUAUGCUUAUCUGCUCAGUACUUAAAGAUUAUUAUAUAUAUAUUGAUAUAUUUAUCGUUUAUUUAUUUUUCUACCAUAGAAUAUACGAACCAUUUGAUUUCCAAGCAUACAUAUAACUCAUAUUGUCUUCAUCGAUCGCAACGUCAUAGUAGUAGAGCCUUGUUAUUUUCGAGCUCGCGGGUACAUUAGAUUCGUUUUUCUUACAUAAAUGAAUACUUUGAUUGAAAACCAAAGUAUACUAAAUAACAAAUAUAUAAAUCCCCACACAAAAAACCGUAUAUUAGCAACAUAAAUAAUAGUACAAGAAAAAUUAUAAAUUUAGUUAGAAACAAAUUUUUACUAGGUAAUACCUACCAAGUUUUUAUUUUAAAUAAAGAAAAAUAAGAUGUGUUAAACAUUAUUUGUUUACAAAUAAAUAAUUACGAACUUAAACGUGCUCAAACCCUAAAUCCAAAAAGUAUUCCUUUACGACCUUUCUCACGUGUUUUUCGAUCUCCAAUACGGCCUCAGUGUGUUCACUUUCCUCAAGGGACUGGUCGGUUGUUUCAUCUUCUUCUACCGUUUCUUCGGCGUCCUUCGAAGAACUUUGGUCGAGACUAAGACUAAGACCAAGAUCAUUAGCAUCAGCAUUUCUCGGUAGUAUGCAAUAUUUAUCUAUUAAAGGUAACACAGCGUCUCUUACUUGACGGUUUAAAAUUUUUUUUAGACCUUGAAAAUAUUGGUUAACUUUUACAUUGGCGUCGUGGGUGUAUGCAUACUGCAGUGUGGUCUUAACAUCACGAAUCUUAAUCACGCUAGUUGCGAACGAUUGUAUACGAUUUUGGAUUAAAACAUAUGUUUUCUUUUUUGUCAACGGUUCUACCAAAUAGUUCAACGCACGCGACAUGUGAUCAAACAUGUUUUUGCUUUUUUCGAAUUGUUCUAUAAGGGUGUGGAAUAGCUUAAAGGAUUUCCGAUAAUUAUCGGGUUUUACUUGAACAGGCUCACUACUGCUGUCCUCACCUGGUGCACGCUUUUGUUUGUAGUAACUUUUUUUGCAAUAUUUUCUUUGAUCCGCAAGACGUAUCUCGUAACCACAUUCGUCCAUAAUGCUUUUAGUCAAAAGUAGGAACUCAAACAAAGCAUUCGCGUACACGCAUCCCAACAGCUUAUUGGCCAUGCAAUAUUUUUUUUCCACGUUUUCUUUAGUGACAUUAUUCGAUUGAUCGGGCUGUUUGGGGUCUAUGAACAGGUAAUUUCCCGAAAACGAAGACCGAGUGCAUGAGUUAUCGUGAUAUUGGACUUGCACGUGAUUGAGUCGGUCCCAUCCGUAAUUUUUUAAAAGUGCAUUUAGUCCGUCGAUGUAUUUUUCAAUCGGUUUAAAUUGGUGCGAAAACGAUGCGAGUUCGAUUACGGUUAAUAGAAAUAACAGAUCACUCGAAACGUUAAAAAACAUUUUAUCAGCUUGAAAUAUUUAUUUAUUUACGCGAUAGGUACAAAAAAUAUGAAUAUAUCAUGUACGAAGAGUUACACAUUCGUCCUCAAGCAGAAAGGUCUGUGUGAAACGGUUGACUCAUUUGACAUUUGGAAGUGUGUUUACUUCUAAUGGUAAAAUCGCUACUGUUUGUUCAUUUGGCGUGGAUUUUUUUUAUUCGCCAACAUGACAGGCUAUAGGUCUUAUUAAGAUCAAUUGAAACGUUAUAAACCAUUUUAGCAGAUUGAAUUAUUUCGCAUUAACGCAGUAAUAAAAAAAUAUAUAUUAUAUCGCCGCCCCGGUAGAACAAUGACUCAACUGCAGCACAAAUUGAAAUUUUACAAAACCAUAUUAUUUUCACCGAAAUGUUAUGGGAUGUAAUUUUAAUGGAAUGGCAAUGCUUGAGAAAUUAUUACAACUAUAGGUACAUCAUUUCGCUACCCUAUGCAUUCGAUAUUUUUCAACACGUUGAAGCAUUUAGCCCAUUUUACCAAAUUUUGCAGUUAGGUCAUUGCAUCUAGUGGGGUUUCCAGAAAAGUCAACUGAUGUUAAUUAGGUGAUUAGUCGAUUGGAGCAAGUAAUAAGAUAUAAGAGAAAAAUAUAAGUGAUAAGAGAUAACAUAUCCACGAUUAAAUCCACGUUUUUUUGCUGUUUUUAUUUUUGAAAAUAUUUUGGUUUAUGUUAUUUUACAACGUUCGAAUUUUUAUCUUGUUUAUAUCCGCCGUAAAGGCCUGAGUUUACGGUUAGAUACUGUUUUUUGCUUGUUUCCCUUAUGGGCGUUGUCAUAAAAUAUUAUAUCCGGCUUUAGGAUUUAUUCAUAUUUUUAUAUCUGCAUGGCCGCGACCCGACACAUCGUUUUAUUAUCAUUUCAAACCGAACUAGUCCUAUUCAAAUAAAUCAUAAUUAAUAAACUUAUAAGCUUGUAAUAUGAAUUUAUACGUUGAAGGUAUCGUAAUUGUAAUAAAAUGCAUAAUUAUGUGAAUUACUACAUAACUAAAGCAAUCCUUUAGACAAAACCCACGCUAAUUUUUAAAGAACCGCGUUAUCAUGCAGUAUUUUUGUGCACUAAGUUUUGGUCAGUGACAAACAAUCUGCAAGACACUUUGGAGGUUAUACCUAUUUAAAUAUCUGCCUGUAAAAUAAGACCUUUAAAAAAUCGAGCCUAGUUAUCAUUAAACACGCAAGGUACAUCAGAUUCGUUUUUCUUACAUUAUUAAAUACUUAAAUUUUAAAAAAAUGGGAAAAUCGCCCGUUUCACUGCCCCACCCUUUACAAUUUAAGGAUCUAUGAAAAUGUUUUUUUAGUUGCAUUUUGUUUUGAACAUUGUCAGUCUAGUAAAAUACAAGUAUAAUUGAGCUCUGAAAGAAUAUAAUCUAUGAAGUAUAAACAGUUAGUGUGAGAUUGCUCUAAUGGAAGUAUAUAAUACAUAAAUAUUAAUUUCAUUGAGAAUAAACGAUUAUAAUUUAAACUAUCGAGUACAAACGACUGAAACAUGAAUCGUCGACCAUUCUAAAUAAAUUUAACAAGACAUUGACUAUGUGUUAGUAUACGUUCAUAUUUGGCGUAUUGACUCAAAUAUGAGGCGCUCAGAAGCCAAACUGAUUAAAUCCAUAAAAUGAAAUUUUUCAGGACAGGUAGUUAAUGUUAUUUGAAACAAUGUAAGUACAAUUGCCAAUGUACUUGGUGCACUCUAGUGGUGAAAAAUUCAACUAUGGAGUUAUUUAUCAUUGCCACUGUUAAUUAUACACUUUUGUAAUCCGACCAUGCUAUUAUUCGCAAUUUAAAAAAUAGUGGAGUUAAUCGGUUUGGCAUCUUAGCGCCUCAUAUAUAAUAUAUUUAUCAAAUAACAAACAGUCUUGCGAAACAAAAACCUUUUUUACUGCACUUCUGAACUGCUUUUAUGAUUAAUAUUUGCAGAAAAAAAUGAAACUUAUCGGGUUUUUUGUACCAUUCAUCUUGGUAAAUGUUUCGGCAGAUGUUUUUGAAGCGGAUUAUAGGAAACAGGUUUUAGUUACAAAUGUAUCCAUCAUGGAAGCUGGUACAGAUAGAUUGGAGCGAAUAAUUGAAGAAAUGGUUAAUGAAGUCAAUCAUUUCGACACUUUCGGCAAACUUAAUUUUAUGAUCGCUGCACCAGACAAAUUGAAUAUUCUUAACUGUAUACCGGUUUCAGAUUGGAGGCCCAUGUCAUAUAUUGACAAAUUGAUUGAUUACCAGGAAGUGAUGGGAUGGAAAAUAAGACGUGCAUUCAGAAUGACAAAUCCUAAUAUUAAUAACAACCAAGAUUUUGGAAGCUUAGAUUUAACAACCCUUGCACAGGACAGAAGAGAUGUUACUGGACCAGCUUUAAAAAAUAUAAUCAAUCGUGUAUUAGAUGAACCUGUUCAGGUAAUACCGGAUGAUGGCGCUUUAAAAAGGAUGUGUUGUUUGAUAGGAUUAUACAUGAGUGCACAAUUUCCAACAUCAUAUAUAACAUAUACUCAGAUUGACUUAUCUAAUCGUACUUGUAUCGUAUUGAAUGGAAUUACAGAAAAAAUAUACAGGAAAAAUCGUGGUGUAUGGGUACAAAUUAACGAAAACGGUACAGAACUACAACGACUACAGGAUCAGUUAGUAUAAUUUAGAACAGAAAUCAAUGGUAUAACUCUUCUAAAAUUAUAUAACACCAUUGUUGUUGUACUAAAAUAAUAUUUUUAUAAAGCACUGAUAUCCUAUUUCAUGUUGCAAUAAUAAUUGUUAAAUCAUUUAUUGUAUUCCAUAAUAAACA